AUGACCGGAGAGCUGAUGCGACAGGUGGCGGCGUUGGACGUCACUCGGAUGUCGUGCGAGCAGAUCACGGAAUGGUUUGCGAGCGAGGAUACAGCGGGGAAGAUGCAGCAUCGAGUUCUGGGGGUGAACGGAAAGGACUUGCUUCGUGCUCUUCACGAGGCACCGGAGGAUGUGGCAGACUGGCUCGACCCCACCACGUGCGGGGAGGGGAAAAUUCAGGAGAGGAUAAAGGACGAAAGGUUCAAGUCUCUGCGGGAGGGCCUCGUCAGGACCCUUGCGGAAAGCUCCGGAAAACUGGCGGAGAUCGAGGCACUCAAGCUCGCCCGGAAGAUCAACCACCACAAGCAGGUCUGGUCCGCGACCUGGAAGCUGGUAGCCAGGGGGUGUUGCCACGGCGUCAUGGAGCUGAGAUGCCUCGUAAGAACUCUUCUAUAUAGGCUCCGGAUCAACGGUCCGAGUGUAUCCCUCGAUGAUCUGAGCGUCUUCGCCGACUACGCGAGGUUUCUCUUGGUGCCAUCUCAGGUCUACGACGUGACGGGCACCGCGUUAGCCAAAACCCUCUCGGGGUCUCUUGAGCUCAUACUCAAGAACAAGAACAACAAGACCGCCACGGCCCUGGGUAGCGAGGCCACUGAGCGGUGCCUGCAGUCGUUCGUGGGCGUGCUCUGUGCGCUCUGCCCGUACCCCUCUGGAGACUCCAGAGACACGGCGUCUACGAGCGAGGCGGGCAGGCGCCUCGGAGACGUGUGCAUCGUAUCUCUCCCUGUGCUCUGCCCUGGGCUGGGCAGGUAUCAACUGGUACGUAGGGAUCAAACCGUUCGUUGGUUGGGAAUAGAAAGGGCGGAGACCGAGACGACAAGGACGACAACCAACAAGCUGCGGAGUUUUCAAGAUUAUCCCAUCCCCACGGAAGCAACCCAUACGAAGUGCGUGAUGGCCAGCUUCCUCGCAAAACUGAGCUGGCAUGACGACAACAAGAUUCAGAUGUACCAGGCGGCAGAGGAGGUGAUACCUCGCGUGCUCUUGGCCUGGCUGUGUGACAUUGGUAUGAAGGACUUGGCUCAGGGAGACAAGUACGUGGCAUCGGCGAGGCUCAAUAUGGCGACAGUGAUCUGGAACCUGAGCAAACGAGCAGACAACGCCGCCGGGCUCGUGCAGCCAGAGACAUUCGACAUGCUCUUUUACCUUCUCGGCCAGAAGGAGGAAGAGGGGGACGUGCUUCGGCGGAUCGUCAGCUGCAUCCAAAACCUUGCUUCGAUGCGCCGGUGCGCUUCGGAUUUGACGGACUACAUAGCGAGCGAUCCUUCUGUGUCCAACUUUCUCGGGACUCUGUUCGGACUGCUGGCCAGAGGUAGUGCCAAGAACAUGCACCAGAGAGUCAUGGGAACGUUUGCGAACCUGGCGUACCUCUGCGUGGCGGGGGGCGCCUCCACGGAGUGGGCCGGGCAUCUCAGGGAGAGUUUGAAGCAAUUCUUGUUACAUUUCACGGAAACAUCUGACGUGCUUGGCAACUUCAACCUCGACCCCCUGGAGGCGCAGGACAGGCAGCUUAAGUUUCAGGGCGUACGUUUCGAGGUCGUCGAUCUGCUCCAGUGUAUUGCAACGCCUAGCGAGAGGUAUGCAAGCGAUGGUUCCGGAGGCGAGGGCGGUCACGGAUACGAUACUGCCGUGGCGAGUGAGCACUCUGGACGCAGCUUCGGUGGACAGGAGCGCGCCGUCGACGCCUCCGAGCAAAUGAGGGCGGAUACCGUGCGCACCUUUGCCCUCUGGAUCUUGGCGCACUACACGGGGCGAUCAGACGACAGGGUACACGUGGCCAGUCACGGCGGACUUACGGUGCUGACGUCUAUCUUGAUGGGGCCGACGGGGUUGGUAGAAGCUGCCAAGGCCGGCGGCGCUAGCGGAGGCAAACCAGCUUCAAAGCAAUCUUUCAUCAACCUCAAGCUCGCGGCCAAAGCUUUGGCCAACCUGUGCCAGGCGCCUCAAAACGCAGAGUUGGUUGAGCCCGCGGGGGCUCUCGCUGCCAUAAAGGCACUUUACGCCUACAUCUCGGACAACAACGACAUUGUAGGCAACACCAGCGCCAGCACCCAGCCUUCUACCAGCUCGGCCUACGGUCGAGCUCAGAUGAAUUGCAUCCCAGCGAGGUACAAGAUUGACCCCGACUUCCGGAAGGCAUACCUCGUCAUCCAGGAAAACCUGUGGCGACCCGUGGUCAAGGAUCCUGUGGUGCACGAGGAUGGCUCCUUGACGGUUCACUACGAGGUUCCCGCCGGAAAUAACGAGUGCUUCGAAUUGUCCAAGAAACUAACGCCCCUGAUGGUUGAACGGAAAGAGCUGCAGAUAUGCCAGGGAGAAGUUCCGCACCAGAUCAACGUCUUCGCCGAAGUUGCGGCGUGUCUGAGCGCCCUCGCCAUGCACUCGUCCGUCCUCAAGCUGUUCGCUCCUUCCGGAGUGCUUGGGCCGUUUCUUGAGCUGAGCCUCGAGCAGCUGGUCCCUAGGGAGACGUGCCUCACGGCCCUCCUCGACACUCCAGUAAAGGCGUACAGCCAACAUGCCCAGGUGAUGCGACAUCUAUGGAGCCUAAUUACGUCUACAGUGUUGGAUUCCGAGACCGACGCUCCUGAGAGUGAAGGAGACGACACCGAGGGCAACUUCGGAGAAGAUGCCGUGGUUCAAGAAGGAGACGGUAUUGACGUAUCAGGCGAAGGUGCCGGUGAUCCCACGGUGGAGCCGAAGGCUGAAAGGCGGCGGCAGUCGGACGCCGAAACCGCUUCUUGGUCGAGCCGUAUCGUGCAGAAAAAGCUGGAGCAAGCUCUGGCCGUGAGGGUGCUGGACCGGUUGGUGGCUGGAGCGGACGAGGACGCCUUCGAGCCUGCCCAAAGCUCCUCUACUCGUGGUGAUGGUAGCUGGGGCAGUGACAAAAUAGGCGAGCAGGACAGCCAACAGCCUGGCGGUGGCAAGGGCCUCUCUUUCGAUGAAGGCGCCAAAAGCAAGCGCCGCAGGUCUUCUGGUGCAUCGGCUCCUCUAUCGGUGCUGGACGUUGGGAGGCGGACGUCUGCCGAAUUCAGACGCCAGUCACUUUUGAUGACGUCCGGCAGGGCAUACACCGUAAGCGGCAUCCUAAGCCAACAGGUCCUCCUUUCUGGGAUCAUCGUGUUGGCAAGUCCAACCGACGAGUCAAAAGACAAAUGGAGAAGGGUACUAUCGGCGUCACUGGCGGCGCCGGUCUUGUCGGCACAACGACGCCUGGAGUAUUUCUGCAUAGGGCUGGCGGGCUCCGUUUCUGAUGCCGUUCGCCGGAAUUGGCUCGCCCUCGAUGGAAAUCGCACGAACGCUAGAAACGCAAUGAAAGCCCUAAUGGAGCUGUGCGUCGACCACAUGGCCGUUCUCGUCAACAAGGCCGAGCUCGCAUCUUUCCAGAACCGCCCGGACACUGAAACUGUUGCCACAACCGAACCAUCAGCGCUUUCGCCCCUGGCGACGCAGCGCAAUAGCAACAACAGCGCCGAAGAAAAAUCGCCGCGAGCUCGACCUCAGAGGGAAUCUUUGACCGACCCGCCGGAGAAACCGGACACGAAGUCUUCUCCAAAGCGAGGCCUGGGUCUCUCAAUCAACCCGGACGUGGGCAAGUGUCGCGGGGACGAAAUUGGCGGUGGUGGCGGUGGUUGUGGUUUUGAUGGUGGCAUGACUGCUGCUGGUGUCGGUGGCGAUGAUCGUCGGCAUGGUAGGGAACAACCGGCAUUGUUCAGACAGGAGCGCAGUUUUGACAGCGCCGGAGCCAUUUCGGCGCUGUCCGGGAUGUCUGGGCUCGGCGUUGGGGGAGGUGCGGAGACUCGGGGCGGGAUUGAGGCCUUCCUGCUGCCGGAGGAAGAGCAGGUCGUCCAAAUGCUUUUUCGAGCAAUUUUGUCGUUGCUAAGCGUCAAAGAGGAGUGCACUACAGCUGAAGAUUCACGCCUUGGAGAUGGUUCAGAAAACCCACGACGGCAGCAGUCCCGAACCGUGGGCAAGAACCGUUGGGGAAGCUUUCGUGGACGUGAACGGCAGUCACGGCUCGGGGUGGAGGCGGCCGGGGACUCCGCUGGCGGCGCUGAGGGUCGGGGCGACGACACCUCCAGACCACCAGCUGGGGCAGCCGGGCGGUUGGACGACAUCCUUCGCUUGUGCUGUCGCCUCCUGCGGUGUGGGCCGGGGGAUGGAGUGCUCCACGUAUCCUUGCAAGCGAUCGGCAAGGUCUCGGCAGCCGGUGGCGGUGGUGCUCCUUCGGCUGCAAACACUCCUGACGGGAAGCCCGGCACUCGGAGAUCAUUCACUCGGCAGUCCUCCUCGGAAUGGGACUCAGAGGCAUCGUUAGACAUGGACGGCGAUUUUGACGUGCGUCAGCGAUCAGAAGACGGGUGCAUCCCUCCUCUGCUGGCCAUGGUGCGCUCGGGCGGGUGCAACACGGAACGAGGCGCAGCUUCGAUGGAGCAAGAGGUGGCCCUCUGCGUGCUGCAAGACUUGGCGAGCGCCAACAAUCUCUGUAGGGAAGCAAUCGUCUGCCAUGGAGGCGUGCCGGUUCUUCUGCAGGCCCCCGAGAACUACUCUGCCAGGGCUAGGAGAGCCGUCGCAGAUCGAGGGACCCGGACGAACGAAUCCAAGCAGAACUGGCCCUGA